CGCCCCCGCCUGCGGCCGUUGGCGCUGAGGGGCGGCCGGGGCCCGGCGCCCUCUACGGUUGCGCGGGAACUUGCGUAACGCGGGGUUGCCGCCGCCGCUUCUCUCUCCGUCGCUUCCUCCUUCCCCCGCUCUUUCCCUUCCGAAAGGCCGGCGGGUGAAGCUGUUCCGCCUGCAGGGAGGCCCGGGGCGCGGCCCGGCUCCCGCCGCGGCGCCAUGAUGAGGCGCACGAAGCCCGAAGUGGAGCGGUACGUCGCCUCCGUGCAGGCCGCCGCGCCUUCUCCCAGAGAGAAAUCUAUGAAAGGAUUCCUCUUUGCUAAGCUCUAUUUUGAAAUAAAAGAAUAUGAACUUGCUAAAAGGUAUAUAUCUACAUACCUCAACGUACAAGAGAGAGAUCCUAAAGCACACAGAUUUCUUGGACAAAUUUAUGAAGCUGAGGAUAACAUAGAAAAAGCCUUUGGGUGUUACAAGCGUUCUGUGGAGUUGAAUCCAACACAGAAAGAUCUUGUAUUGAAGAUUGCAGAGUUGCUAUGCAAUAACAACAUAACUGAUGGAAGAGCAAAAUACUGGGUUGAGAGAGCUGCUAAACUCUUUCCUGGGAGUCCUGCUGUUUACAGGUUGAAGGAACAGUUGCUGGAUUGCAAAGGUGAAGAUGGAUGGAAUCAGCUUUUUGACCUGAUUCAAGCAGAACUUUAUGCAAGGCCAGAUGAUGUCUACAUCAACAUCAGACUAGUUGCACUCUACCGUUCCAAUAAUAGAUUAAGAGAGGCUGUGCUCCAUUGUCAGGAAGCGGAGAAGAAAAUACCUUUGCAGUCAAGCUUGGAAUGGUGUUCCUGUGUUGUAGAGACAUUUGAGGAAUAUCUGGAGUCUUUACAAGACUUGGAGUCUGAUAAAAAUAACUGGAGAGCUAUCAAGAAAGAUCAUCUGCUGGCCUAUUCCAGCUUUGUCAAAAUGACACUUUCUUCUAGAGAUGUGCAGGAAUGCAGAGAGGCAUUUGAAAGUUUUGAUCGUGCGCUUCAGUCGGUGAAGCCAUAUGUGAUUGGGGCUGAUGAGUUGUCUCGUACCUUUGUGGAAAUGAAAGGGCAGCUAUACAUGCAUGCUGGAGCUUUGCUACUGAAAAUGGCCCAACACAAUGAGGCCCAGUGGAGAGGUGUGUGUCAACUAGCAGCACUUUGUUAUCUGAUAAGUUUCCAGGUUCCUAAACCAAAGUCAAAAGUAAUAAAGGGGGAUCAAACUGGACAAGAUGUGCUAGAAAUGUUGGCCUGUGAUCGAAAAAGCCAGUCAGGUCAUAUGCUGCUGAACUUAAGCCAUGGCAAGCAAGACUUCUUUAAAGAGAUUGUGGAAUCGUUUGCAAACAAAAGUGGUUCAUCUACGUUGUUUGACAGCCUGUUUGAGAGUGGAGCUUCUAGAGAGAGGUCUUUUAUUGGCACGGAUGAUAUUGGAAAUGUCAGUGCACAAGCACCAGUGCAAAUGGAACUUAAUAGAUACGAUAUUGGUGCCAUUCGAAUGCACAAUGGCAGUCUCCAGCACCUGGUGUGGCUUGGCUUGCAGUGGAACUCAAUGUCAGUCUUGCCCCCCGUGCGCAAAUGGUUAAAACAGCUUUUCCACUUGCCCCAAGAAACAUCAAGACUUGAGACAGAUGCUCCAGAAUCCAUUUGCCUACUGGACCUUGAAGUAUUUCUGCUCGGGGUGGUAUUCACAAGCAACUUACAACUGCAAGAGAAGUUUAAUUCUCAGUACGGCGCACAUCAGCCUCAAUUCUUACCAUUGCCAGUGUGCAAACAGCUCUAUACUGAAAAACAAAGAUCCUGGUGGGAUGCUGUUCGUGCUCUUAUUCAGAGAAAAACAGUACCAGGAACAGCAGCAAAACUGAGGCUUAUUGUUCAGCAUGGAAUAAGUACUCUGCGAACACUGGAGAAGCAUGGCCUUCAACCUGCCCUAAUUAUACACUGGGCAAAAAGCCUGCAGAAAACAGGCAUUAGCCUUAACUCCUUCUAUGACCAGAAGGAAUACAUUGGACGAAGUGUCUACUACUGGAAGAAAGUUUUGCCUAUGCUGGAAAUUAUUAAAAAGAGAAGGAGUAUUCCUGAACCUAUUGAUCCUCUCUUCAAACACUUCCAUAGUGUAGACAUUCAGGUCUCCCAGGUUACAGUGUAUGAAGAAGAGGCACAUAUAGCAUUUGCAAUGUUGGAUGCAGUUGAUGGCAAAACUGAUGAUGCUUUGUCAGCAUUUGAGGCUAUUAAGAAUGUAGUUUCAUACUGGAAUCUUGCCCUGAUCUUCCAAAGAAAGGCAGAAGAGAUUGAAAAUGAUGCUAUGCUGCCAGAAGAACAAGAAGAGCACAAAACCUAUCUUCUUAAAAGCAAGCAUUAUCUAAUGAAGAUCAUGGAGGAAAGUUCCUCAGAUAUGUCAGUAACUGAGAAACUUCCAGUCUCUAUUGAAACUGUGAGGGAAAUGCUAGACACAGUGAUCCAGGAACUUGGUGAGAACAGUGAAGAGGGAAGUCCUGCAUUCAGAAACGGUCUGACACAAGCUGUAGAUUCAGAGCUGAAACAUUCCACCCCAUCACCAACUAAGUUUUCUGUUUCACCAACUAAAAGCUACAAGUUUUCUCCUAAAACUCCUCCUCAAUGGGCAGAAGAUCACCGAUCUCUACUUCAAAUGAUCUGUCAGCAAGUUGAAGCUUUAAAGAAUGAAAUGCAAGAACUGAAACUUAAUAAUUCCAAUGCAAAUGCAUCAUCUCAUCGGUGGCCUGGUGAAAGCUUUGGAACAGAUUCAAUGUCAGAGGGUUAUCAGAGAGCACAAAAUCUUCAUGAAGCUCCACUAACGGUUGCUACCACUGGCCCACCUGGUUACUACAGCCAGUCACCUGCCUAUAACUCUCAGUAUCUUCUCAGAACUGCUGCAACCAAUGUAACACCAACAAAGGCUCCUGUCUAUGCCAUGAACCGACUUACACCUCAGCAACACAUCUACGCUUACCAGCAGCCGAUGCAUACGCCACCUCUGCAAAGCAGUUCUGCUUUUAUGUUUUCCCAAGACAUAUACAGCACACCUCUGCGUUUUGAUUCUUCUGGUACUGGACUCAUUUCUCCUCAUGGGGGGGAUGAUUACUACAAUUACAGUGUUCAGCAGGCAAGCACUAAUCCACCACUGCCUGAACCAGGCUAUUUCACAAAGCCUUCGGUUGCGCCGCCGACUUUAAAGCCUGUAGAAUCAAAAAUGACAGAAUUUCCAAAAUCUAAAUUUGGACAGCCAGGAACAGCAGAAGGAUCAAAAACGUCGCUUCCAACACCAGCACAGUCAAAUCAGCCAACUUUUAAAUUCAACACUAACUUCAAGUCAAAUGAUGGAGACUUUACCUUUUCUUCUCUUCAAGUUGCACCGCAGCCUCCGAAUGCAGGUUUUAACAGCAGUGAAAAUCUCUUGGGUCUUCUGACAAAUGAUAAACCUUUACAGGAUGAUAGAUACAUUGAACAAAAAACAGUUAAUGAUCACACAAAUAGUUCAAGAAAUGUUUUCAAUUUUGGGAAUAAACCUAUUACAAGCAUCUCUUUUAGAGAUAAUGUGGGACAAAAUGUACAUAAAAACCUAGGUUUUGAGAAGAGCGAUAUGUUUAGUGUCCAAGAACCCAGCAAGCCUGUAUUCAUGACGUCAAACUCGGACUUGGCCAAUAGAAGUCAUGAAACAGAGGGAGGAAGCACCCAUGGUGGAGAUGAGGAUGAUGAUGGUCCUCAUUUUGAUCCUGUGGUGCCACUCCCUGACAAGAUCGAAGUAAAGACAGGAGAGGAAGAUGAAGAGGAAUUCUUCUGCAACAGAGCCAAACUCUUUCGUUUUGAUGCAGAAUCUAAAGAAUGGAAAGAAAGGGGUAUUGGAAAUGUGAAAAUACUGAAACAUAAAGUAUCUGGCAAAUUUCGUCUCUUAAUGAGACGGGACCAAGUGCUGAAAAUCUGUGCAAAUCACUACAUAAAUACCGACAUGAAAUUAACUCCAAAUGCUGGAUCAGACAAAUCAUUUGUAUGGCAUGCUUUAGACUAUGCAGAUGAGUUGCCAAAACCAGAACAACUUGCAAUUAGAUUUAAAACGCCUGAGGAAGCAAUGGUUUUCAAAAGUAAGUUUGAGGAGGCACAGAAUAUUUUAAAAACCUUGGGAUCAAACGUUGACGCAUCCGUGAUUCAGAGUAGUGGGACUUCAAGGGAAACAGCAAAUCAGGAUGUCAAGGAGCCCAGCAAAUCUGUUUCUGGGACCCAGACCUUUGGCUUUCAGUUCUCAAAAGAUGGAGUUAGCAGUGAAUCUGAUAGCAAAGGCAACCUUCCAGCUACAUCAACUGUGCCUGGCCCUACCUCUUUUUCAUUUGGAACAGAAGCCUCGAAACCCUCCUCUGGUGGUUUUGGGCAACAUCUCCUGAAGAAAGAUCAGUGGGAGUGUAAAGUGUGUUUAGUUCCAAACGAAGCAGGGGCAAAGAAUUGUGUAUCAUGUCAAAGUCCAAAUCCAGAUAAGCGGGAAACACGUGGCACCCCAUUAACUGAAUCUGCUGCAAGUUUCAAAGCCAGUGGUAACACUGUGCAGGACACAUUUGGAUCUGCUUUUGCUAAAAAGGAAGGCCAAUGGGAAUGCUCUGUCUGUCUAGUAAGAAAUGAACCCACUGCUUCCAAGUGUAUAUCCUGCCAGAUUCCAAACAAAACCAAUACAGCAGUAUCUAGUCAACAAACUUCCUUUAAAUUCGGCCAAGCAGUUUCUCCAAAGUUUAUUCAAAAUGACUUGGGAACUCCUUUUUCUAAAAAGGAAGGUCAGUGGCGUUGCUCUGUAUGCCUGGUCCAAAAUGAAGCAAAAGAUGUGAACUCUUGUACCUGUCAGAAUCCCAGCUCUCAAAGUCAACCUACUGUACCUUUACCUACUGUUCAGGCAUCCUCAGCUCCCAGGUUUGGUUCUGUUGCUGACACAAGUAAGGCACAGAAAAAUGGAUUUGAAGGGCUUUUUGCUAAAAAGGAAGGGCAGUGGGAUUGUAGUACGUGUCUUUUGAGGAACGAAGCUUCUUCACCAGCCUGUGUAGCCUGCCAAGCACCAAAUCCAUCUGGUAAGAUUGCUGCUGGUGAUGCUUCAUCGACUCCUACUUUUGGCUUGAAAAGUAAAUUGUCUGAGCCUGGCAGAGGACAAGCAACGGGCUUUAAGUGUGAUUUCUUAGAGAAGAGUUUUAAGUUUGGUCAUACUGAGCAAGGCAAGACACCAGCAUUUACAUUUCAGAUUCCUUCUGAUACUGAAGCUAAGCCUGCAAAGGGAGGAUUUAGCUUUUCAAUGCCAGUGCCUGCAGAUGGAUUUAAAUUUGGGAUACAGGAACCUAGUAAAAAUGCCACUAAGAAAGAUGAGCCAUCCAAAGAGAGUACAACUGGCUUAAAAAGCAUUGAUGAAAAAGAUAAAAAGGAGCUGCCUUCAGAUAGUGGAACUGCAUUCCAAUUUCAAGAAACAGGAAACAAGGAGAAAGGUGACUUUGUUUUUGGGCAAAAUACCAGCACUUUUGCUGAGCUUGCAAAAAGCAUUGAUGAAAAAGACAAAAAGGAACUGCCUUCAGAUAGUGGAAUUGCAUUCCAAUUUCAAGAAACGGGAAACAAAGAGAAAGGUGACUUUGUUUUUGGGCAAAAUAGCAGCACUUUCACUUUUGCUGAGCUUGCAAAAAGUACUCCUACGGAAGGCUUUCAGUUUGGAAAAAAAGACCCUAACUUUAAAGGCUUUUCAGGUGCAGGUGAAAAGUUGUUUUCUUCACAGGAUUCUAAAGUGGAUCCCAAAGCAAACACAUCUUCUGACCUUGGUGAGAAAGAUGAUGAUGUGUAUAAGACAGAAGAGAGUGAUGAUAUCCAUUUUGAACCUAUAGUUCAGAUGCCUGAAAAAGUAGAACCCUUUACAGGAGAGGAAGAUGAAAAAGUGUUAUACUGCCAAAGAGUAAAGCUGUUCAGGUUUGAUCCAGAAACAAGCCAGUGGAAAGAACGUGGGGUGGGCAACUUGAAGAUUCUUAAAAACGAAGUUAAUGGCAAAGUAAGAAUCCUAAUGCGGCGUGAGCAGGUAUUGAAGGUGUGUGCAAAUCACUGGAUAACAACAACAAUGAACUUGAAACAGCUCUCUGGCUCAGAUAAGGCAUGGAUGUGGAUGGCCAAUGACUUCUCUGAUGGUGAUGCAAAGUUGGAACAUCUGGCAGCAAAAUUCAAGACACCAGAGCAGGCUGAGGAGUUCAAACAGAAGUUUGAGGAAUGUCAGAGGCUACUACUAGAUAUACCUCUGCAGACACCCCAUAAACUUGUUGAUACAGGUAGGACAGCUCAGCUAAUACAGAAAGCAGAAGAGAUGAAGUGUGGCUUAAAAGAUCUCAAAACUUUUCUGACGGAUGACAAAACUAAACUUUCAGAAGAGGAAAAUGUCAGCUCUGCUUGUGCCAGCAGUACUUCUGAUGUGGUUAUAAAGCCACAUGCUGAAAGUACGGGCCCUACUCUGGAGUGGGAUAACUAUGACUUGCGUGAGGAAGCGCUGGAUGACAGCGUGAGUAGCUCUGUAUAUGCAUCACCUCUUGCAAGUAGCCCUGUUCGGAAAAAUCUGUUUAGAUUUGGAGAGUCUACCACAGGUUUUAGUUUCAGCUUUAAAUCUGCCUUGAGCCCAUCAAAAUCUCCUGCCAAACAGAACCAGAGUAGGACAUCAGUAGGGACAGAUGAAGAUUCUGACGUUACUCAAGAAGAAGAGAGAGAUGGACAGUACUUUGAACCUGUGGUACCUCUGCCUGACCUCGUGGAAGUGACCAGUGGUGAGGAAAAUGAACAAGUUGUCUUCAGUCACAGAGCUAAGCUGUACAGAUACGACAAAGAUGCUAACCAGUGGAAAGAGAGAGGUAUUGGGGAUAUCAAGAUUUUGCAGAACUAUGACAACAAACAAGUGCGUAUAGUCAUGAGAAGGGACCAGGUACUAAAACUCUGUGCUAAUCAUAGAAUAACACCAGAUAUGAAUAUGCAACAAAUGAAAGGAUCUGACAGAGCAUGGGUAUGGACUGCAUGUGACUUUGCAGAUGGAGAAAGGAAAGUAGAGCUUCUAGCUGUGCGAUUCAAGCUGCAAGAUGUUGCAGACUCAUUUAAGCAGAUUUUUGAUGAAGCAAAGCAUGCCCAAGAGAGAGACACGCUGAUAACACCUCUUUCUUCUCGUGCCAAUACGCCAAAGGAAUCUCCAUGUGGUAAAAACGCUGUUGCUGUACUAGAAGAAACUACCAGAGAAAGAACUGACCUCAACAACCAUGGUGAUGAUUCUUCUGACGUAACAGUAGAGGUUGCAGAGGUAUCAAACACUUCUGAAACACCAGCGAAAGCAGUGGUUUCUCCUCCAAAGUUUGUAUUUGGAUCUGAAUCUGUCAAGAGCAUUUUCAGUAAUGAAAAGUCCAAGACGUUCACAUUUGGAAAUACUUCAGCCACUAGUUCUCUCUUUGGCUUCAGUUUUAAUCCUCCAAGAAAGAGUGAAGACAGCAUUCUAAUGUCUCAGAACACAACAGAGAAAGAACUGGAAGUCUCUAAACCAUCAAAAAGCUCUAGUACUCCUCAGAAGCCUCCAGACAGCAAGGUAGACAGCUUGCCUACUUCAUCACAAGAUGGAGCCAGUAAUUUCUCAUUUAAAAUUCUGGAAAAAGGAUUUAACUUUAACCUUUUUAAAUCUAAUCCAAUGGCCUUUUGGACAAGCACAUCUCCCUUGCAACCUGAUAGUAAAGCUGAGAAAACAGCCUCAGAAGAUGAUCUUCCCUCUUCUAAGGACACGGCUUCAUCCGAUGAAGUUAUAAUAGUUUAUGAGUUAACACCUACUCCUGAACAAAGAGCUCUUGCUGGCUUUCUCAAGCUACCUUCAACAUUCUUCUGCUACAAGAAUAAGCCUGGAUAUGUGAGUGACGAGGAUGAUGAUGAAGACUAUGAAACAGCUGUUAGGAAACUUAAUGGAAAACUGUAUCCCAGCAGCUCAGAAGAGAAAAAGAAAUUGCAAGAUACUGUAAAAGUAGGCAUUACAGGAAAAAGUGAAUUCAACAAUGAAAGAGAAUGUGUUACUGCUUUGGAAAAGAAACCAACUCCAGAGGACACGGCUAAAGCAGAAACUCUGCAAGUCCCUUCUACAUCUGCCCAUGGUGUCAGCAGUGACACUGAGGAUGACAGUCAAGAACACUCUCAGACAGAAGUUGAAACUGAAGAAAUAAAAUCUCAGGAGAAUACGGUUACAAGCUCAGCUGACUUAACCUGUAUCAGUGAGGAGGAAGUAUCUACUCCAUCAGCUGGUGAGGUGACAGAGUUUGUCCAGUCAGCUACCAACAGUGAAGACCCAGAUUCCACAACAGAAACUGUACAUGCAUCACAGACUUCAUCAGGAGCUGAGGAGAAACCUGUAGACUUGUCAACUAAAAAAAGUGAUUCUGACUGUUCAGAAUCAACACAGGACAACAGAAUCAUCUCAUUUGGUUUCGGCAAUGCUGCGGGCUUGUCAUUUGCAGAUCUGGCUUCCAAAAACUCUGGAGACUUUGCUUUUGGCUCAAAAGAUAAAAACUUCAAAUGGGCAAAUACAGGAGCAGCUGUGUUUGGAGAGACAGCCCGAAAAGCAGAAGAAGAUGAAGGUGGUAGUGAUGAUGAGGUGGUACAUAGUGAUGAUAUCCACUUUGAGCCAAUUGUGUCCUUACCAGAGGUGGAGGUAAAAUCUGGAGAAGAAGAUGAAGAAAUUCUUUUCAAAGAGAGGGCAAAACUUUACAGAUGGGACAGAGAAGCCACUCAGUGGAAGGAGCGUGGUGUUGGAGAGAUAAAGAUUCUCUUCCAUACACAGAAGAAGUGCUAUAGAGUCCUAAUGAGAAGGGACCAAGUUCUUAAAGUUUGUGCAAACCAUGUCAUCACCAAAGAAAUGAACUUGGUGCCAUCAGAUACAUCAAGCAAUGCUUUAAUUUGGACAGCCACAGAUUAUGCUGAUGGUGAAGUCAAAGUAGAACAACUUGCAGUCAGAUUUAAAAGCCAAGAAAUGGCUAAUUCUUUCAAGAGGAGGUUUGAAGAAUGCCAGCAGAACUUGUCAGAACUACAGAAAGGACACUUAUCUCUGGCAGCAGGACUGUCAAAGGACACCAACCCUGUUGUGUAUUUUGAAGUUUCUGCUGAUGACGAACCUUUAGGACACAUAACCAUGGAGUUGUUUUCAAAUAUUGUCCCUCGAACUGCUGAAAAUUUCAGGGCCCUGUGUACAGGAGAGAAAGGAUUUGGAUUCAAGAACUCCAGGUUCCACAGAAUAGUCACUGACUUUGUGUGUCAGGGAGGUGAUAUAACUAACCAUGAUGGUACAGGUGGACGAUCAAUUUAUGGCACAGCAUUUGAAGAUGAGAAUUUUGAAGUGAAACACACUGGUCCUGGAUUGUUGUCAAUGGCAAAUAAGGGCAGGGAUACGAAUAAUUCUCAGUUCUUCAUAACACUUAAAAAAGCAGAACACUUAGACUUCAAGCAUGUUGUAUUUGGGUUUGUCAAAGAUGGAAUGGAUGUUGUGAAAAAGAUUGAAUCCUUUGGUUCUCCUAAAGGGCUAGUAAAUGGAAGAAUUGUCAUUACAGACUGUGGGCAAAUAUAGAAUUAUUGCAUUGAGUAUACAGAUGUUUAGCGGUAUAAAUCAGUAUUUAGAUGUUAUUGACUAAUUAUUUCAACUUCUUAAAAUGGACACUUCUGAUGUAUAAAUGUAAAAUUACACCUUAUAGUUGGGUUUUUUAUGUGUUCUAAUUGAUCUUUUGCAUGUUAAAUAAAGUUCAGACACUGGUAUAUUUCGGGUGUAUUUGUGUUAUCCUGACCUAUUUGUAUUGAAUGUCAAAUUUUAAGAAUAAAAUCUUAGUCUUGUUAAAAUAAA